AUGAAAUACAACAGUUAAACUAAUCCUCCUUCGAAUUUCCAACACUUUAUGGGAGUUGCUCCUAACUAGUUCAGUUCUAAUAUCAAAGGUUAGACAUUGAAUUCACAAUAACAGAAUCAGCAUGAUUAAUCAAGGGUCUCAUAAAUGCCAGUUUCCAAGAUUGAAGAGGUGAAUUACUAACAAUCCCAUGAAGUUAAUCAUAGUCAUAUUGAUCUCCAAUAACACUCCUCUAAGGCCUAACAUUAUCAUCCUCUUACUAUGCCAUGCAAUUGGGAUUUGGCAAGAAAGCAUGCUUAAUCAAGAAGGACAGCUUUAGAGAAAAAGAAGGACUUUAAUAAAACUACAAAUGUUGAAACAUGUCCUUGUUGUGGUUUUGAAGUAGAGAGAGAUGAAAUCCCAUAUUGUUCAAACCCGAUGGCAUUGUCAUUUCUAGGUUCUGGAUUCACAUUGUUUUACAAUUAUCUCAAAUAUUGCAUAAUAAUCUUGUUCAUAACUUUGGUCACUAAACAGAUUUAUAACCUCUAUACCAGUUACGAGGGCUCAUAUUGCAGUCAUGUUAAAAAAGAAAAAAUAGAAGGACAUGUCGUAGAAUUACCAAAUUGUUCAGAAUCAUUGUUCUUGAGAUUAUCUUUAGCUAAUAAAUUGGAUAAUCGCGAAGCUUUAGAGCAUGUGUAAAUUUUAAACUUUAUUAACUUAUUUAUUGUUAUGUUAGUCCUCAUCUAUUUUAGAAAAAGCCAGCGAUAGAUAGAUACAACUAUAGAUGAAGAACUCUUAACACCUGCUGAUUAUACAGUUUGCGUCAAGAAUAUUCCUUUAGGAUUAGGUUUGAAUUACAAAUGGGAAUUGAAACACAUGUUUGAGACUUGUGCAGUCAUAUCAGACACAAAUCCUAUAGUUGUGAAAAAGGUUGUUCUAGUUUAUGACAUUGAAGAAAUUAUUGAGAUGGAAAAGAAACUUGAUGAAUUAGUGGAGAGAAAGAAAGAUAUUAUAAAAGAAUACAAUUACAAUUUUAAUCAUCCAAAAGUCUUGGAAAUAGACUAAAAAAUAAAAGAAUUCGAGCAUAAAAUACAUUAGACAGAGAAAGAGUAUGAAAAAGAGAAUAAAAAAUUUGCUGGGAUUGCAUUCAUAUCAUUUGAGGAUGAAAAUAUGAAAAAUUUGGUGUUGCAAGAAAAUUAACAUACUUAGUUAGAGAGAAUGAAGUCAUAUUGGAAUAAGGGUAAAUUAGAAGGAUUGUCUGAGAAUGAUUUAUCAUGGCACGAUUAGAAAUUAUUUAUCGAAUAAGCUCCAGAACCAAAUGAAGUUGAUUGGGAAUUCAUUCAUGUUAAAACUGAAGAAAAGAUAAGUAAAAGAGUCAAGGCUUGGAUAAUUUACCUAUUAGUUGAAAGUGCAGCAUUUUAUUCAAUUUAUCUGAUAUCACAUAAAGUGGCUAAAUAUGGAGAUGAGGCAAGAGAAGAAGAAAUUAAAGGAAAACUGGAUCAUAAUACAAUGUUGAAAAUCAACAUUUUGUCUUUUAUCAUCUCUUUGAGCAUUGUUCUAUUUAAUAAAUUCGCAGUUGCUAAAAUAGUUCAUUACAUUGUAGAUGAUGAAAAGAUCUCAAGUAAAACCAAAUUUCAGAUAUCCUUUGUAUACAAGUAUGCUUUAGCAUUAUUUUUGAAUGCUGCCAUUAUUAGUUUUCUGGUGGAUAUUGUAAUUUUAAAGAAUGUGGAAGGAGCUGGAGGUUUCUUACAAAAUGAAAGCUAGAUUUUUAUUCUGAAUGCUGUGUUACCUCCAUUUAUAUGGUGUGUAGAUCCAUGGAGUCUGUGCAAAAACAUCUGGAGGUGGUACAUUGUAAGUAAGGGAGAUAAAGCCUUGUUAACCCAAUAAGAGGCAAAUACUUUAAUGGAGGAACCAGACUAUUUGUCAGCCAAAAGGUACUCAGAUAUUAUGAAAACAAUGUGGUUUACUUUUCUGUAUGGUACAGCCAUUCCUUUGGGUACAGUUUGCAGUGCUUUUGGAAUUCUAAUUUACUAUUAUGUUGACUAUUAUAACAUUUUAAGAAGGAGAACUGUGAAGGAAUCCAUCAGCAUUUAAUUAUCAACAGAGAUGAUUGAGAUGUUGGAAUACAUAAUAGUGUGGAGUGCCUUUGGAGAAAUGAUCAUGACUUAUGCAUUUUUCAAGGAGAUAAGUUCGAUUGAUGUUUUGUUGAUGGUGAUUGCUAUAAUCUAUGCUUCAUUACCGAUGGAAGACAUCUCAGAAUAUUUGUUCCCAGUGGUCAAUAAUGAAGAGAUUAAACCCUAUGAUGAGGGAUGUUUGGGUUUCGAUACAGACUAUGACAGAGAAAACCCAGUGACAAGACACAAAGCUAUUGAAGAAUGGAAUGAAAAACAAAAUAUGCUGAUAGAUUCAAACCACAAAAUUCAUAAGUACUAUCAAUAAUAAGAUCAAUUUGGGUAUAAUAAUGAUGCCCAUUAUGGUAGAAGAUGA